UGAUAACUAGCAAGUGCCAGCCAGCUGGCCUGUAUAAAAGUUGCGGCCGCUCCGUGGACUUCCUCAUUGGGCUGCCUCCUCAGCCAAGCAAGAUGAAGCUCGCUCGCACGGCGGCGUUGCUGCAGGUAGUAGCCCUGCUUUUUGCACACAGCUUCGCUCUGUCGGAAGACCAUGCAGGAAGGGGAGAAGGAGAAGGAGUUGGAGAAGAGAAGGGUCCCCCGGCUUGUCCUCUCCUGCUCCAGAGCAGCGGGAAGUGUGAUGGAGAGGACUGUCCCUACCAGGUGAAUAUCCCUCCCUUGAGCAUCCAGCUGCCCAAGCAGUUUCAGCUGAUGGAGAAGACCCUCCAGGAAGUGGAGCUGCUCAAAGAAACGGUGAACAGCUUGAAGAAAUCCUGCCAGGAUUGCAAACUCCAGGCCGACGACCACCGAGAGAAGGAGAGCAACGACUUCCUGCCGCCGGGGGCCGGUGGUCCCGCCAACCAGAGCGUGGUCCAGGACAACCGGGUCACGGAUCUGCAGGACAAGGUCUCCAAGCUGUCGGAGAGCCUGAAGAAUGCCAAGAGCCAGAUCCACACUCUGCACGGCCGGCUGGAGAAAAUGAACCUGGUCAACAUGAACAACGUGGAAAACUACGUGGACAACAAAGUGGCCAACCUGACUUUUUUCGUCAACACGCUGGACCUGAAGUGCUCUUCACAAUGUGCGGCGGUGGGACCCAAUACAGGCAUCCAGCUACUUCAAGGAGACUGUUCCAAUUAUUUCGCUGCCGGAAAGCGGCAGAACGGCCUCUACAAAAUCACCCCGGACCCCAGAAACCGUAGCUUUGACGCUUAUUGCGACAUGGAGUCCUUUGGCGGUGGCUGGACGGUCUUCCAGAUGCGCCAGGACGGCAGCGUCUCCUUCAACCGCACCUGGGAAGAGUACAAGAACGGCUUUGGGAACGGUAAGGAGUUCUGGCUAGGGAAUGACAAAAUUCAUCUCCUGACCAAGAGCAAGGAGAUGCAGUUGAGGAUUGAGCUGGAAGAUCUCAGCGGCGUCCGACAAUAUGCCAGAUAUGACCAGUUCUACGUCGCCAACGAGUUUCUCAAAUACCGGUUAACCAUCGGCAGCUACAGCGGCACCGCCGGAGACGCCUUGAACUUUAGCAAGCGCUACAACCACGAUCAAAAGUUCUUCAGCACCGCGGACAGGGACAAUGAUCAGUACACCUCCGGCAGCUGCGGCGCCUAUUAUAGCUCUGGCUGGUGGUUUGAUGCCUGCAUGGCUGCCAAUCUCAACGGCAAAUAUUAUAACAAGAAAUACAAAGGGGUCCGCAACGGCAUUUUUUGGGCCACGUGGCCCGGAGCAUCUGACGAUAACAUGAAUGGUUACAGGAAAGCUUUUAGAAAGGUCAAAAUGAUGAUCAGGCCCAAAAUUUUCUUGCCAUGAAUCCCUUCUCCUUCGCCCGAAUCCCUUCGUCCGAUGUUGGCACUUUCCUCCAGAUUUUGAGUGCAAUUUAAGAAGAGUCUUGUCCGAUUUUUUUUUCUCUUGCAAGCAUUCCUCUUCCGAAGUAUGCAGGCAUCUUUUCCCCGACCAAAUUCACGAGGGUAUACGGCAAAACGUUCUCCAAAGGCGGCCAUUUUAAGACCUGAGGACUUCAACUCCCAGAAUCUCCCAGCCAGCCAUGGCGAACGGCUCAGAAAUCUGGGAGCUGAAGUCCACAAAAAAUUGCCAAGUUCGGAGACCCACGGUAUACACCAGUGAUGGCGAACCUUUUAGAGCCCAAACUGCAACCCAAAACCCACUUAUGUAUCGCCGGGUGCCGGGUGGGUGUGGCCCAUUGGGUGGGCGUGGCUGCGGUGGUAACGGCGGACUGGG